AUGUCCAAAUUGAACGCUGAAACGAUUAUAAGCGAAUUGCCCAAGAAGAUUGCAACGUUGACGCUGAAGAUUACGAUCCAAUCUGCACUUAUUGAGGCACAAAACAAGAAAAUUGAUAAUCAACAGCAAACGAUUAAUCACUUAACGAAGGUAAUUGAAGAUUUAACCACUAAAAUCGACAAGCUGCUAACAUCAACAAGUGUGAGUGAGAUACAAGAACCAACUAAGAUGGCCGCUACGCAAGGUGUAAGCGAGACACUAGCAGUUGCAGCAGCAAACGUGCCAGCGCCGAAUGUAACGAGUCGCGCGCGCCGAGCGAUGGAACGAAAUAAAUCUAAGGGUGUGCACACACACAGCAGUAAUACUGAUGAAAAUGUGACAUUGUCUAAACAGCAGCUUGUGGGGAAACCAGAAAAAAAGCUACACGGAUUAGGAUGGGAGUGA